AUGUACGACUGUCUAUAUCCCAUCACAAAUAUCCUCGAACCCCUACACCUCGCCCACCCCUCCCACCGCAUUCUCGACACCAUUGCCUUCUUUUUGCCAGCCAACCCCACGGGUCCCAGCUUUGCCCUGGCGAUGGGCGUUGGGCAGGAUGGAGUGAAGAUAUACGUCGCUAGCGACGAGAAGGAGGACGAGGACACUAUCGCGGUCGAGUGCAGGACGGUUAUAAAGGCCAUCUGGCAGGCCACACGCACCCUCCGCAGCGCACCUUCGACCUCGACACCCGACAUCGACAACAUAGACGCCCAUGCCGAUUUCAUCGCCUACCUCUACGCGCGCCAUCUCCCCAUCCUCCAGCACAACCUCCUCACACACAAGUCCCGCUUCUACCGGGUGCACGAAUUGUCCAAAGGUCGUUGGAAGUUUACGCGCGGAGCAGUGCAUCAUCAGUAUUUGGACGCUGCGCAGACGAUAGUCGAGGAGGUGGAGCGUCUGGUUGAAAAAGUGAGUAAAGUGGAUGUGAAUUUAAAGGAGGUAUAUGUGGACUUUCAUCGACGGAUAAGGGAGGCGUACAAGGCUUUGCCCAGCGACAGCGACAUCAUGCCGGAGCUGUUUGAAGUUCUAGUAAUGGAGACGCAGGAACCCGCUGCCACUCCCUUCAACGUCAUGAAAUGGAUCGACGCACUCCUUGCCCCAUUCAAAAACUUCAUUGACUUGGUCAAAGCCUCGGAAACCCAUCGACAAAUUUUACAACUCCCACAUGAGGUUGUCUAUGUUCCUCUCCCAGCAACCCUCCCGUCCCCUCACCUUACAAUACCCCGCCCAACCGACGACCAAAUCCGCGCCUUCCUCAGAAAAUGUAACAACGACGCUCUCGAUGCCCGACGCAAGAGCCCAUACUACAUCCCCCACCGCUCCCUCUUACCAGUCGAACUUGAGCAGGCGAUCUUACCUAAUAUGUUGGAAGGGGUUCAGGUACUGGUGAGAGAGCGCGAGGGACCGACCCUAACCCACCCGCAGUCCGCCCUCCGCGUCUGUAUGCCCCACCCGGAAUCUACCCUCACACGCCAUCUCCUCUCCCCCGAGCGUGCGGGGGUGUACCCCUACAUCGGCCUGAGCAGGUUAGAGCCUAGCUGCUUUUUGUGCGGUCUUUAUAUGGAGCGCGUGGGGGAUUAUAUGGAGCGCCUGCGUAAAGAGGGGAUGAGGAAGAGGGAGGGAGGUAAUGUCAAGUGGGAGGGUUACCAGGCUGAGCGGAAGGCCCGUGAGCGCGAGAGGUUCCGAACGCGUGGAUACGACGUGACGGAUAUUGUGCCGUUGUUAUCGCUCCCCUUCCCUCUCCCAUCCCCACCCAAAUGUGAGCCGGAGUCCACAUCCCCCAUCUCGUCCUCCAAUACCUCAUCGCUCGUUUCGCUCAAUGACUGCCUUUCCAUCUCCUCCAAAGACCCAUCUCCCACCUCCUCCAACGACCCUCCUCAGAACGACACAUCUCCUUCCUCAUCCUGCGACCUGACCCUCGCAGCACCAACCGAUCCCUGGGGCGUCAAUGCAAUCGACUCCCACGACCUCGACGCCCACGUCUUAUCCUCCACCCUUAAAACACUCCAAGAACUCGUCAGUGACACGUUCCGAACCAUCCUCUUGAACGAGGAAGAGGCGCGCCAGAGCAAGUAUUUGUACCGUAAAGCGCAAGAGGAACGCAAUAGGCAACCGGAGGGGGAGAGGGAUGCGUUUAAAUAUGACUGGGCAUGGGCGAAGGAGAACGAGCCUGAGAUUUAUAAAGCCCUGAAAGCGGCGGGUAUGGCACCGGACUCGGACUCAGACUCGGAGGAGGAAGGGGAAGGGGAGUCUGGAGAGGAACAAGGAUAG